AUGGCCGACGACGACGUGCUGUUCGAGGAUGUGUAUGAGCUGUGCGAGGUGAUCGGCAAGGGUCCAUUCAGUGUUGUGCGGCGAUGUAUCAACAGAGAAACUGGGCAACAGUUUGCUGUCAAGAUUGUAGAUGUAGCAAAAUUCACUUCAAGUCCAGGCUUAAGUACUGAAGAUCUGAAGAGGGAAGCAAGUAUCUGUCACAUGCUGAAACAUCCUCACAUUGUUGAACUUUUGGAGACCUACAGUUCUGAUGGAAUGCUAUAUAUGGUUUUUGAAUUUAUGGAUGGUGCAGAUCUCUGCUUUGAAAUUGUAAAGAGAGCAGAUGCUGGUUUUGUGUACAGUGAAGCCGUAGCCAGUCAUUACAUGAGACAGAUAUUGGAAGCACUGCGCUAUUGUCAUGAUAAUAAUAUAAUUCACAGGGAUGUGAAGCCACACUGUGUACUACUUGCUUCAAAGGAAAAUUCAGCACCAGUAAAACUUGGUGGUUUUGGGGUUGCUAUUCAAUUAGGAGAAUCAGGACUUGUUGCUGGAGGACGUGUAGGAACUCCUCAUUUUAUGGCUCCAGAAGUAGUAAAAAGAGAGCCUUAUGGAAAGCCUGUAGAUGUGUGGGGCUGUGGAGUGAUUCUUUUUAUUCUGCUUAGUGGUUGUUUACCUUUUUAUGGUACAAAGGAAAGAUUGUUUGAAGGCAUUAUCAAAGGAAAAUACAAGAUGAAUCCCAGACAGUGGAGCCAUAUAUCUGAAAGUGCCAAAGAUCUAGUUCGGCGUAUGCUUAUGCUUGACCCAGCUGAAAGAAUAACUGUUUAUGAGGCACUUAAUCAUCCUUGGCUGAAGGAGCGUGAUCGCUAUGCAUAUAAGAUUCAUCUUCCAGAAACUGUGGAACAGCUGAGAAAAUUCAAUGCAAGAAGAAAAUUGAAGGGUGCAGUACUAGCAGCAGUAUCAAGCCACAAAUUCAAUUCCUUCUAUGGUGACCCCCCUGAAGAACUGCCAGAUUUCUCAGAAGACCCUACCUCCUCAGGAGCAGUUUCACAGGUGUUAGACAGCCUAGAAGAAAUUCAUGCACUUACAGAUUGCAGUGAAAAAGACUUAGACUUUCUGCAUAGUGUUUUUCAGGAUCAGCAUCUUCAUACAUUACUAGAUCUCUAUGACAAAAUUAAUACAAAAUCUUCACCACAAAUCAGGAAUCCACCAAGUGAUGCUGUACAGAGAGCCAAAGAGGUAUUGGAAGAAAUUUCAUGUUACCCAGAAAAUAAUGAUGCAAAAGAACUUAAACGUAUUUUAACUCAACCUCAUUUCAUGGCCUUACUCCAAACUCAUGAUGUAGUGGCACAUGAAGUUUACAGUGAUGAAGCAUUAAGAGUUACUCCACCUCCCACAUCUCCGUAUUUAAAUGGAGAUUCUCCAGAAAGCAUCAAUGGAGACAUGGACAUGGAGAAUGUCACAAGAGUGCGAUUGGUUCAAUUCCAAAAAAAUACAGAUGAACCAAUGGGAAUCACUUUAAAAAUGAAUGAAUUGAACCAUUGCAUUGUAGCAAGAAUUAUGCAUGGAGGAAUGAUUCACAGGCAAGGUACACUUCAUGUAGGGGAUGAAAUUCGGGAAAUAAAUGGAAUUAGUGUGGCAAAUCAAACAGUGGAACAACUUCAAAAAAUGCUUAGAGAAAUGAGAGGCAGCAUCACCUUCAAGAUUGUGCCAAGUUAUCGUACGCAAUCUUCUUCAUGUGAGAGAGAUUCCCCCUCUACAUCCAGACAGUCCCCAGCUAAUGGCCAUAGCAGCAUUAACAAUUCUAUUUCGGACUUGCCAUCAACAACACAACCAAAAGGACGACAGAUAUAUGUAAGAGCACAAUUUGAAUAUGAUCCAGCAAAGGAUGAUCUUAUUCCCUGCAAGGAAGCUGGCAUCAGAUUUAGAGUUGGCGAUAUUAUCCAGAUUAUUAGCAAAGAUGAUCACAAUUGGUGGCAGGGUAAACUCGAGAAUUCAAAAAAUGGAACUGCAGGCCUCAUUCCUUCUCCUGAGCUUCAGGAAUGGCGAGUAGCUUGUAUUGCUAUGGAGAAGACUAAACAAGAGCAGCAGGCAAGCUGUACUUGGUUUGGAAAGAAAAAGAAGCAGUACAAAGACAAAUAUUUAGCAAAGCACAAUGCAGUGUUCGAUCAAUUAGAUCUUGUCACCUAUGAAGAAGUGGUAAAAUUGCCUGCAUUCAAAAGGAAAACACUUGUUUUAUUAGGAGCACAUGGUGUUGGGAGAAGACAUAUUAAAAAUACACUAAUUACAAAACAUCCAGACCGAUUUGCAUACCCUAUUCCACAUACAACCAGGCCACCAAAGAAAGAUGAAGAGAAUGGAAAGAAUUAUUACUUUGUAUCACAUGACCAAAUGAUGCAGGACAUUUCCAACAAUGAAUAUUUGGAAUAUGGUAGCCAUGAAGAUGCAAUGUAUGGGACAAAACUGGAAACAAUACGGAAGAUCCAUGAACAGGGAUUAAUUGCAAUACUUGAUGUAGAGCCUCAGGCCUUGAAGGUCCUGAGAACUGCAGAGUUUGCUCCUUUUGUUGUUUUUAUUGCUGCACCUACAAUUACGCCAGGCAUUAAUGAGGAUGAAUCUCUUCAACGCUUGCAAAAGGAAUCAGAAAUCUUACAGAGAACAUAUGCACACUACUUUGACCUUACAAUUAUCAACAAUGAAAUUGAUGAAACAAUCAGGCAUCUGGAGGAAGCCAUUGAGCUUGUUUGUAAAGCAUCGCAAUGGGUUCCUGUUUCCUGGAUAUAUUAAACCCAAUUACCAGAAGAAUGUGAUCAUUAUUGGAAGCCACCUCAUACUUGGAAGAACCUCUUUGUUAUUGACCUUAUGUCAACAGGUCUUGGCCCCUAGAGACUACCUAGAUGUAGUGUGACCUAAAUUUAUAAUUAUUGUCAUGUCCUUAUAGCUAGGCAAAAAAUAUGAUAAUUUAAAGAGACAGUAUCUUUUUUAAUCAGUUCGCCUAAAUUUUAUUAAAAUGUAUCUUUAAAUAUAUGUAUUAUUCAAUCCUUUGGAAUGUUAUAUUUUUGGAACUCAUAGCUUUUAAUUUCAAAGGCCCCUAAAACUGCACAAAAUAGAUGCUGCUUUCUAUAAUCUAUUUUAAUAAUAAUAUGAUCUUUACUUUAAUUGGGGGUGAAACAUUGCAUCUUUUAGAGUCUCAUUUUGUGAAUUGGAUUGAGUUUUCCUUUAUUUAUUUGAAAUUAUUAGCCCAAUCAUGACCAGAUCAGUACUUAUAUUCUAAUGGCCUUCUUCUGCUUUUUAAAAUCAUUUUUAGGAUAGCAUUUUUGAAGUAUUUUGGUUUAAUAUGCAGAUAAUGUGAUACUGUCUCUUUGAAGAACUCUGUAAAACUGAAUAGAGAUUUGAAGUUGGGUCUUGACUCUUAAUGCAUGUGGACAGUUGCAAGCGUUCAUGCCGUUGGUGUAUCUGUGUUGAAAAAACUGUAAUCUACAACCAAGUACAUUCCGUUCAUGGGGGGAAGAUACCCAAGGGAAUCAAAUAAAAUAUUAUGACUAAGUUGUAAAACCUAUGCACAUCCCUUGCAUUUUGGGCAACUUUAUAAACAAAAAUCCUAAUUUUUAUUAAUAAUCAUGUAGUGAAAUGUGUUUGUAAUUUUGUCUCAAAUUAAUUUGUUGUAAAAAUGGGAGGGGAAAAAAAUUACUGGUUUUGCCAUUUCAGAUCUGUGUUGUCUGAGAGUAUUACCGUUUUAAUUAUGUUUAAGCAAAUAUGCUGAUUUUUAAUAUGUAUGUAAUUGUUUUGAAAAUGCACACAUUUUAAGAGAAAAUACUGUGCAAUGAAAGAAACCCAGUUUAGGCUUUGCGAUAAAUUAACAGUUCCAAAAAAAACUCAGCUGCUGCAGCCCUGUAAAUUCUUUUCAGAUUCUAUAGUCUGACCAUUUUUUAAAGUUUUAUUUUAAAUAUACUUCAUUUUAUGUGUUCAACAAUUAAAUGCCUUGAGUCAUUCAUUUCAUCACAGGAUUCUACAACCACUUAAAUAAACAGCCAAUUUUUUGUAGAUAUUUAGAAAAAAGUUCUCUCAUCUUUGUGAUAUUUGACAUUCAUGCUUUAAUUGCAAGCUCAUUCUGCAAAUAAGGGUCGCUUUAUACAUUCAUAUAUUCACAUUUUUAGUACUUGCUUGUAUUAUAUACAUGCUGAAAAGUAUAUAUUCCCAAAACACAUUGUAAUAAAAUAAAUAUAUGGUUCAGAUAAAAUGGAUUUUCCAAAUGGCUAUGGCUCCCUGAGCUAUAUGCUCUAGUCGGGAAAAAUACAAUCUUGGCAAUGUGUGGAACAGUCCUAAAUCUUAGAUAUGGAGCCUUAAUAAGCAAAUUUACCAUGAAUUCAUCUCAGGGUUAUUGCUAUAUUCUGAUUUCUCUAACCAAUGUCUUAGCAAGGAUAACAUCUGUUCCCCAUCAUAACAGAGGGAGAUUGUGCAUUAUCCAUUCCAGUUUGUGAUAUCUUUGUGAAUCAAAUCUCCAUGUAUCACUGGUAUUACUGUAUCUUGGACUGAUUGUUUUACAUUUUUAUUAUUUAAUAUGGAUUCUUUGCUUUUGUUAUUAAAUUCCAGUAUGUUUUUGAAAAGUGUUAUCUUCAACAUUGCAAUACAGAAGUAUUAUUUAUUAAUGUAAAUUCCUUGAGAAUGAUUUAAGGUUCUCAAUAGUUAUCAUUCUUAAAAAAACAAAAGAUUGUUCUUCUUUCAGAGUUUUUAAGAUUGCAGCUUGUUCCCCCAUAUUAUUUCCAAGUUAGGUUGUAAGAAUCCUUUGAGCUCAAUUUUUCAUUUGCACAUAUUACAUUACCUACCAAGGUAACAUCUUUACUGCUGUGAUCCUGAAGAAGUGAGGAUUGUAUAUAGUUUUCUGGCAAUCUUUUUAUGUAUUUUGGUGGAUAGUCACAAUAGCCACAAGUAGCUAACCUCACUUCUUCAAGAUUAUAGCUCUGAAGAAACAUUUACAAAUAAAAAAACUUAAACUCAGAGGAUUCUUACAACACUUUUGCAACAAUCAUAUCAUAUAAUAUAUAUAUAUCAUAUCAUAUAAUAUAUAUACAUACAUACUUUAACAUUACAUUGUAUGCAUUUCCAAGUCAGUUGUAAUUAGGUUAUCAAAGGAAAUGCUGAUUAGUAACAAAUCUAGAGCAGAGAAUAGCAAGGUGGUCAUUUUGCACUUAGAAGUGUAUGUUUAUUGGCAGAAAACUUACCUGCCUCUGUUCCAGUGACAUAUUCUGAACUUACUGUACACUUUGCAAGCUAUUUAUGAAUUUCUGGAUGUUACAUAUAUUUUUUUAAGGGGGGGCAUUAUUUUCCCUUGAUUAUAUCUGUUAAUCAGGUUCCUAGUAAUUUGAUCAAUGUGUAUCUAUAUAAUUUAUAGCAUCCCAUAUAGUCAUUAUAUGAUUUAUAUGGCUCUGUAACACUGUUGAAAAAGUCAUUGGAGCGAGUUACAUUGUGUUUUUUGUUUUCAUUACUUUUGAGAACUGAUCCCAGGACCUAAAUCACUGAGUUCAUUCAAGAUUCUUUUACUCUCCCUUUGUACCUCGACAUCUGCAUGGAGGUCUUCUUCCCUCUGUUGUUUUGGUUUUAUAUAAUAUACUAAACUAUCAGUUCUCUUAUUAAUUUUGAUAAAUAUUCGGGCGCAAAAUAGGGAUUUGACAAUAGGUGCUAAAUGUUUGUAUCGUUAAUAUAUAACAACACCAGCAUAACAUUGCAGUAUAAGUUCACUUCCCAUGAUAAUGACCAAACAUAAAUUAAUUUUAAUACAGUAGGAUUAUAUCCAUGAUUUGUAAAGGAUUGCUCUUGCUACUAUUACUGUAUUAAUAUUGGAAAAUACAGAACAAAAUAUAUUGAAUUGAAAGCUAAACAUAAAACUAUUUGGGAAUUGUGAACUUUUUAGGGUGUUUGUUUUUUAGAAGCAAUGUAGGGUCCAGAUAGCAUAUAAACACUACCCUAUAACAUCAUGCGUCAUUUCGCUCUUAUUUUUAUGCAGAAACAUGCUUUAUUAAAAAAAACAUAUUUUGUUACCUCGCCAGAAUUUAUUGUGUUAAGAAAGUCCUGAAUAUUGAGAAUUGGAUGUGAGUUACAUAGUAGAUUCUUUCAUACACACACAGCC